CUGAUUGCAUUAUGUGAUGCCGAGUGCAAGUGCAGUUUAAUCACGAACGUUGACCGCGACGGUGUGAACCAAAAAUGAUCCUAAGUGAGCCUCGUAAGGAUAGGUGACGCAGAUAUCGGCGAGUAGCAGCGUGUGGAAUUCCUAAUCGUCCGGUGGAACGUACUUUGCCAAAAAUAUGGCACGACGAACGUUGACGACUGCGGUAGUGAUUGCUUUCAUUGCGGCGAACAUCGAAUGCAUCAUCGGUUCGAUCAAAAGUGAUAAUCUAACGAUCGGGAAUUAUGUGGACUUCACACGGUUGUGGGGCAUUUGGUAUGGAGAGCCAAGACUGCGGAAGAGUUAUGACUUUGUAAUUGUCGGUGCCGGGCCGGCUGGGUCGGUGCUCGCUGAACGUUUGUCCGAAGAUCCUAAAGUGACGGUUCUGUUGCUGGAGGGUGGCAAAGGGGAGCUACCUAUUUUCACUGAUAUUCCGCUGUCAGCUCCUAAUUUGCAAUCGACGGAGUAUAAUUUUGCAUAUGAGAGCGAAGUGCAACGCGUGGGAUGUCAAGGGCUGCGUGAUAGAAAAUGUAGUUGGCCACACGGAAGAGGUGUGGGAGGAUCUUCGAUUAUAAAUUAUAUGAUCUAUACCAGAGGCAACCGAAGGGACUACGAUGGAUGGGCACAGGCAGGCAAUGUAGGUUGGAGCUGGGAUGAAAUCUUGCCAUAUCAUAUCAAAGCAGAACGUGCUAACAUAAGAGACUUUGACAGUAACGGAUUUCACGGGAAGAACGGACCGUUGUCGGUGGAGGACUGUCCAUUUAGAUCGCGAAUUGCCAAUGCCUUCGUCCAAAGUGCACAACAGGCGGGGUAUCGCUACUUGGAUUACAACGCUGGUGAGCACAUAGGUGUGUCUUAUUUGCAAGCCAACACGGACCGAGGACGGCGAGUGACGAGUGGUACGGCCUAUCUGCCGCCGUCGGUCGCUAACCGUAAAAAUCUACACAUCCUUACCAAGGCGUGGGUCACUCGCUUGCUUGUUGAUCCAGAAACCAAAGAAGCAAAAGGUGUACGAUUCACUCGCAACAAAACAUAUUUUACGGUGAAAGCUACACAAGAGGUGAUUCUUUCAGCAGGAGCUUUUGAGUCAGCCAAACUUAUGAUGUUAUCGGGAAUUGGACCACGGUCUCAUCUCGAAAGCUUUAACAUUCCAGUGCUGCAUGAUCUACCGGUUGGCGAAAUUUUGUACGAACAUCCAGGUGUACUGGGUCCUGUAUAUUUGGUCAGAAAACCGAUCGACAACUAUAUUCAGUCGGACGACAAUAUCAACCUCAGGAAUAUAAUCAGGCUGUUGAAUGGACGAGGUGUAUUUACGACCAACGCCGUUGAAAGUCUUAUGUACAUCAAAACCCCUGUGGCUGAAAAUCCCGACCCUGGAAUGCCGGACGUCGAAAUUAUGCAAGCCUUCGCAUCAGUUGAUUUUGAUUCCGGCCCGGGUACAUUGCUCGCUUUCCGCCUCACCAACGAAACCUACAACGGAUAUUUCGGGCCGAUCCGUAACGUUCGGUCCUUCCAAUACCUUCCGAUGUUGCUGAAACCUCGUACCCGUGGAAAACUGCGACUUCGAUCAAGGAACCCUUUCGCCCAUCCGCGGUUUGAAUACCAGUACUUUGAGGAUGAUCGUGACCUUGAGGCACUUGUGUACGGCAUAAUGGAAGCAAUUAGAGUUACAUCGCAACAAGCGUUCCGUGAUCUGGGUGUUGAGCUCUAUUCGGAGCAAGUGCCGGGUUGCAAGCAGUAUGACUUUAACACGCGCGACUAUUGGCGCUGCCAUGUGCGCACCCUGACAGCUACCUUCCAUCAUCAGGUUGCAACGUGCAAAAUGGGUCCUGCUACUGAUCCUGAAGCUGUCGUUGAUCCACGGCUGCGCGUGUAUGGAAUUUCACGGCUUCGAGUGGUGGACAUUGGCAUAGUUCCCGAACCGCCGGCAGCGCACACUUCGGCUAUUAGUUUCGUUAUUGGCGAGAAAGCAGCUGACAUGAUCAAAGAGGACUCUGAACGAGGGGUGACUGGAGCUCGCGUUGAGAAAAUAAGUUCAACAAUAUUCGGUGGGAAAGAUGAAUUGGUUGAAAGCUAUGGCUCGGACGGUGUCUAUGAAUAUGAUCUUGGAUCAUAUGAGGGUAUAUAUUAAGGCCGAACAGUAAUUAUGUAAGGGCUCAUGGGGGUCUUCCAUUUUCAUACGCGUAAUGCUCAAAAUAAAAAAUAGUUUGAAAAAAAAAACUUUCAAUGAUAAGAAGGGGGUUGAAAAACUCACAAAACUUACGUAAUUAAUGUAUCGGGCAAGUUUUUAAAGUUAUCAAAGGGAAUUCAUCAUUAUUUGAUUAAUUUAUUCAAAAAUCACCCAAAAUUUGGUAACUCAAAUCUUUCUCCUCACUAGACAAAAUUAAACACAGGUUCUC